AUGAGCCCCAAUAGUCAAAUCACUACGUACUACGCAACCAAUACCGCACCGACAUUCCCGACUUUCACACUCUUGCAUUGUGCCUAGUUUUUCGCGUCCCCACGUCUUUCCACUAGCCAUUCAGCUCGAUUCGACGCGCGGUCACGUUCAAGAUGAUUACAGACUCCCAACUCUACUCGCUCGCAAUCUUCCUUGGAAGCGCUGCCAUGCUGCUUAUUGUCGUCUAUCAUUUCCUGGAAGUCAACUCCGACGAUCACAAGAUUGAGGAGAAGCCAAGGGCUGCGGGAGCAAAGGUCAAGGCAUGA